AUGGUCAAGGAUACUUUCUUCGAGAAUUGUUGCAUUGUUCGAAUUUCGAGAAAAAAAUGUGGGAAAGGUAUUUAUUUAUGUAAUUUGAAUUAGGCGGGGGCGAAAUGUAUUUUGAUUGGAACGAACAAUUAGAAAUCACAUUUUCCAAAGGUCAAAAAUCGGUUGAAUUUAAAUUUAAAAUUGUUUGAAGAACUGUUUUUUUUUCAAAAUAAGCUAUGACGCGGCGAAACUGAAUUUCAGCACAAGCAUUGCUAUGACGUGGCAAUUGUUCCUAACAGAAAAAAAUUUGACCAAUAAAACUGACCGAUCAAAUCCAAAUUCGUUAUCUCUGUCCCGAAUCCAUAAAAUAAAACCAAUCUUGUUUCAUUUAGUAUCACUUUAUUAUUCUAUUUUCCAUACAUUUUCUCAGUCUCCCAUUUUAUUCCGAAAAAAAAAUAUGUCGAAUCGCUCGAUGCUACUUAGCCUAACUCUUCUAGUCUCCUCAAUUAUCCUUGUCAAAUCAUGUGAUAUUUUGGUGAAUAUCGAGCCGCAAACUUUUGCCAAAGUCUACGUUCAAGCUACGUUCUACAAUGAUACGAAGAGUCCAGUGUAGGUCAAAUUUUGGGAACGCCGAAAAUUUUUUCAAAAUUCAAUUUCAGCUACACAUUCGACGGCGAUCAAAAAACCGAGAAAAUCCGUCUGAAGGGAAUGAUUUGCAGUUUGAAGCCGACGAAAUUCGACCUCUACACAAAAUAUCCAGCGGCUGGCGUGAAGCCAAAAGCGACGAGCAGCGCUUUUUUGGAGGGUUAUGGAAUGGUUAACUAUAUUGUGAGUGGUGUGCCAGGGUUGCAGAAUCAGGCCACGCCCCUUUUCCAUGCCGCAAAAAUCCUCUUUCAGGUUUUGGCUGAUGGAAUUUUCAUGGGAGCCCGUGCUGGAGUCGCUUGCUCAAUUGGAGAUUGUGGAGCUAGUCGAGGCUAG